UAACAUAUUAUUUACCAUUAUGAAGGUUUCAAUAAUGGGCACGGUUUUUGUGGUCUGUGCUCUGCUUGUGCCGCCUGCGUUGGGAUUGCCUAAAACACAAUGCCCUUUACACACUCAUCACUCCCGACAAGACGACCUCGUCACUAACUUGCCCGGCCAACCCCUCGUCGGAUUCCGCCAUUUCGCCGGCUAUGUCACCGUCCACGAGCCCCAUGGCAGGGCAUUGUUUUACUGGUUCUAUGAAGCCGCCUCUCACCCUGACCAAAAACCCUUGGUUCUUUGGCUCAAUGGAGGUCCUGGGUGCUCCUCUGUGGGUUAUGGAGCAACACAAGAGAUUGGUCCUUUCAUAGUGGACAAUGAUGCAAAUGGACUCAAAUUAAAUGACUAUUCUUGGAAUAAAGAGGCCAAUAUGUUGUUCUUGGAAUCUCCUGUUGGUGUCGGCUUUUCUUACACAAAUACAACUACCGAUUACCACAAUUUGGGCGACGAAUUUACAGCAAACGAUGCUUAUACCUUUCUACAAAACUGGUUCCUCAAGUUUCCAUCCUACAAAAACCAUACAUUUUACAUCGCAGGAGAAAGCUAUGCAGGCAAAUAUGUUCCCGAGCUGGCUGAGCUCAUCUAUGAUAGGAAUAAAGAUUCCUCCUUUCACAUCGAUUUGCAUGGGGUUUUGUUGGGGAACCCUGAAACUUCUGAUGGUGAUGAUUGGCGAGGGAUGGUGGAUUAUGCAUGGAGCCAUGCAGUUAUUUCUGAUGAAACUCAUAAAAUUAUAAGAGAAAGCUGUGAUUUUAAUAGCAAUGAUACUUGGAGUAAUAAUACUUGUAGUGAUGCAGUUGAUGAAUUGCUUAGCCAAUACAAAGAAAUUGAUAUCUAUAGUCUUUAUACGUCUCUUUGCAUGGCCAAUUCUGCAUCUGCUGAUGGCAAUUCCAUGCAAACGCUUAUGAUCAAGCAUUCUAAUACCAUGAUGCCGAGAAUGAUGGGUGGAUACGAUCCGUGCCUUGAUGGCUAUGCGAAAACGUUUUAUAAUAGACCAGAUGUGCAAAAAGCCCUCCAUGUGAGUGAUGGGCAUCAACUCAAAAAUUGGAGCAUUUGCAACACCACCAUGUUCGAAAACUGGUCAGACUCAAAGCCUUCGAUGAUUCCUAUAUACAAGAAGCUAAUUGCAGCUGGGCUUAGGGUAUGGAUCUACAGUGGAGAUACCGAUGGAAGAGUUCCCGUGUUGUCGACAAGAUACAGUCUUAGUUCACUCGGUCUACCAAUUACGAAGGCAUGGAGGCCUUGGUACCAUGAGAAGCAGGUGAGCGGGUGGUACCAGGAAUAUGCUGGCCUAACGUUUGCAACAUUUAGGGGAGCUGGGCAUGCAGUGCCAUCCUUCGAGCCAAGCAGUUCAUUGGCGUUCUUUGCUUCGUUUCUGAAUGGACAAACCCUACCUUCUUCUAAAUGA